AUGAAGGAGAAGGAGGCGGGGGCGGCCGGGGAGCGGGGCAAGCCGGCCACUUACACCGGGGACAAGAAGGCGCGCAUGGCGGCCAAGACCAACAAGAAGUGGGUGCGCUUGGCCACCGUGCUGGCCUACGUACUGUCUGUCUCCUUGGCCGCCAUCGUGCUGGCCGUCUACUACAGCCUCAUCUGGCAACCGGUGAGAGGCGGCAGCCAGCAGCAUACCCAGCCCCAGCAGCCCGAAGGGCCCCUCAGCCCCGUGGACCCCGGAUCCAACAACGGAGAGCGCCCGUCGGCGCCGAUCGAAGGCGGAGGUGGCGACUCGUCUGCACCGGUGAAUCCCGGCGACAGCUCAAAUCCUUAA